CUUUUGUUAAAGGAGAAACAAUUGUACCCAAAUUAUUAUUUGACCAUGAAGCUGCUAAUAUUAAAAAAGAAUCAUCUGAGAAUAUGAAUACUACAUCUCCUCCAAAGAUUUAUAAACCACAACCAUUUAUUACAGCCAAGAAAGUUGAGCCUAAGCCUGAUGCUAUAGAACAUUAUAAUGAUAAAGAGGAAGUUAAAGAAGAUAGAAAUAAGAGAAAACGUAAUUUAGAUGCAUUUUUAGAGGAGAUUAAGCGUGAACAAGAAGAGAGAGAGGACAGAUUAAAGCAAAAACAUGCAAAAUUAGCAGGAGCUGGUGUACCAAAUGAGACUAGUAGUGGUGAUGAAAAUUUAAAUGCUUCACUUACUGUUAAAGCAGCUUUUGAAGAUCGCCCUGGUUCUCAUGAUACAGGUGAUCCAAAUACAACUAAUUUAUAUGUUGGUAAUAUUAGUCCAGAGGUGAAUGAAGAAAUGCUUUGCAAAGAGUUUGCAAAGUAUGGUCCAAUUGCAAGUGUCAAAAUUAUGUGGCCACGCACACAAGAAGAAAAAGAUAGAAAUCGAAACUGUGGAUUUGUCAGUUAUAUGGAUAGAGAAUGUGCAGCUCAAGCUUUAAAAAACAUGGAUGGUAAAGAUUUAUUGGGUUAUCUUAUGCGAGUUGGAUGGGGAAAAGCAGUCCCUAUUCCACCCAAACCUAUAUAUGUUUUAAAUGAAAGUAGUUGUCCACCACCAAGUGGAUUACCUUUUAAUGCUCAAAUGGUUCAUUCAAAAGCAUAUACCAACAUUCCGCCACCAAAUUCAAAUAGUGUAUUUCCUAGACUUGAAGUACAAGUCAACAAACCAGAAGCUCAUCAAAUAGUCAAGAUAAUACACCGUAUGGUUGAAAGGGUUGUGAAAUAUGGGCCACCAUUUGAAGCUAUAAUUAUGGAUCGUGAAUGGAGUAAUCCAAAAUUUUCAUUUUUAUUCCAAAAUGAUUCACUUGAGCAUGUGUAUUACAGAUGGAAAUUAUAUUCAAUCCUUCAAGGAGAUCAAAAAAAUAGGUGGAAUACUGAAGCUUUUCAUAUGUUUGAUGAAGGUCCUAUAUGGGUUCCUCCAGAAAUUCCAUUUGAUGAAGUUGCAACUAAUGAAACAUUAGAUUCUGAUGAGGAUGAUGAGCAUGAAAGAGAACGUGUACCAAAAGGUACACUUGGUCCUAAAGCUAAACACAGAUUAGAAGCAAUGCUUAGAAAGUUAACAUUUAAUCGUGGUGCUAUAGCAAAAACUAUGGCAUUUUCUAUUGAUCAUUCAGAUGCUGCUGAUGAGAUUGUAGAAAUUAUCUUUAAAACACUUACCAUCAAAGAAACACCAAUUUCAACAAAAGUUGCAAGAUUAUACUUAGUAUCAGACAUUUUACACAAUAGUAGUGUUUCUAUUCCUAAUGCAUGGAAGUUUCGAACUGGGUUUGAGAGCAGAUUGCCAGAAAUAUUUGAACAUUUAAAUGAAAUAUACAGAUCAAUAACUGCAAGAUUAAAAGCUGAGACAUUCAGGAGACAAGUUAUAACAAUUCUUGGUGUUUGGGAAAAUUGGAUAGUUUUUCCACAACCAUAUAUUGAAUCAUUAAAUAAUAAAUUUAUGAAGAAUACAAAAGAGUCUAACAAUAAUGGAACUACUACAAAUAUCUCAACAGAUACAAUUGAAGCUAUAUCAACAGGAGAAGAAAAUACUACAGCAAUAACAACAAGACCACCAUCUACCUCCUAA